AUGCUCUUAAUUGGUGGCGAUCGUGGAGGCUAUGAAAAUGUCAAAUGCUAUCUCGUUAACAAGACAACACACCCCACCGCUAUGGCUUCCACGGCUACAGCAACGUACGUUGCUUCUAAGAACUUAGCUGAAAUCUGCAAACAACUUGGGGAGCCCGUUGCAACCUCUCUAGAAUAUCUACCCCUCAACAAAGUCAUCACUAAGACGCAAAAGCAUGAGAAUGACGCUAUCUCAUUCAUGCUACUGUUCGGCGACGUCCGUAAGCAGCCGAAUGGUGAAGCUCAGGAAGUCUGGGUCUUGCUUUACCCGCCUACUAAGGAGGGCGAGCCAGCUACCCUCGAAUUCAGCUCGUACAAUAGCGCUACUGGAGACUCGGAACAGCAUAGCAACCACAAUAUUAGUUCGAGAGCAGAGAAUGCAGCUGCAUUCAAGAUGCCUAAGAGGCCUUCGCGCGGCAAGCAUGGCGCACUGGUGCGAUACUACUUCUUGAAGAAACUCGCAGCUAUUGAAGCCGAAAGCAAUGGCAUGUCCGAACUCAAGUUUCCUCUGCCAGUCAACAAAGGCAUUCUUGAGGGCUUGAAGGCGGCAUGCGGUGAAUUCGAGGACGAAGCAAGAGCUAAGCUGGCCAGGUCCGUUAGGCAACUCUCAGUCACUCUCCCAGAAAGCCAAGAAAGCGAUGCAACCCUCGACUUCGAGGACGCCAAAGAACCCGUCAAGGAACAGAUUCGGCGUGCAUGGGCCCCAUUCAGAGCUUUAUACCGUGCACCAACAGCAAAUAUGGCUCCUCCUCCUUCUCCUGCUCCUGCUACUCCUGCUGCUGCCACUGCUGCUCCGCAAACUUCUCACAACGACAUCGAACAAUCCCUCGCCUCGCUCAAAGACAAAGAAAUAAACAUCAAGACACAUAUUGCAAAACUCGACGACCACCUCAUGGCCCUAACAGAAGAACGCCUGGACCUUGAGCAGCGCUGCAAAAACGUUGAAGCCGAGCGUCUUGCCGCUGAAAAGGAAGCAGCUAUUAUCAAGGCGCAGCGGGAUAAUCUAUUCAAGGGUCUGAGUCCUGAGGCUGUGUUCGAGCUGGGUAGGAACAGCGAGCGGAAGAAUCCUACAAAGCGACGUAAGCUUGAUUAA